UGUUUUGGUCAAUCUGUAGGGUGAGGACACUGUUAUGACAUGGAACUUGGUGCUGCUGAGAGUGUUGAUCUUCCAUCUUACCGCACCAUUAAGGUACAUCGGUUAAUGUGCUUGGAGCUGAAGAAACUCAUCGAUUGCAUUUCGAACAUGUUUUCAGAUCUCGAGUCAGCUCGGCCACGAUGCACAUCAGGAGUGCAUGCACUAUGCUCAGUGCAAUCGGCAAUGGAUAAAGCCAAUUUACUAAUCCAACACUGUUCUGAAUCCAGCAAACUCUACUUGGCAAUUAAAGCAAAAGCUAUACUCGUGAGGUGUGCAAAAAUUCGGAAAACUUUGGAGACAAGCAUGAAUCAAUUUCAAGAAAUGGUUCCACCAUUGUUGGCUGAAAAGAUAGCCGGAAUUAUAGAUGAACUUAGAAAUGCAAGGUUUCCAUUAGAGCCUUCUGAAUUUGAAGCUGGAACAAUUAUACUUUCACUUCUUCAACAUGGCUCAUCAGCCUCCAAAAUGCAAUCUGAAAUCGAAGCUCUUCGACUUACAGCUUUGAGACUGAGCAUUACCUCUCCUUUUGCUCUUUUGAUCGAGAAAAGAUCCAUCAAGAAACUGCUUGGAAGAGUCCAGGAUACAAAUCCGAACAAAAGGAAAAUCUUGAAUUAUCUCUUGUAUCUUCUGAAGAAACAUGGGAAGUUAAUUUGGCAACUCCAAUCCAAAAACAUGGAGGAAGAGAGCCUUUCUUCAUUGACCGAAGAAGAAGGAGAUGCAACUUCAGGUAAUGACUUCUUCAUUCCCACACCUCCAAAGCAAUUCAUAUGCCAACUCUCUAUGAGAUUGCUGUGUGAUCCUGUAAUUAUUGCUUCUGGGGAAACAUUCGAACGAGUUUGGAUCGAGACGUGGUUUAAUGAUGGUAACCAGACAUGCCCUGUGACUAAUAUAAGGCUGGAGCAGUUAUCCCUAACACCAAAUUCAGCAUUGAAAGACCUUAUUUCAAAGUGGCUUUUGAGGCAUGGAAUCAGUGCUCCUGAAAAUGCAAAACCAGUUCCUUCACUGAUUUCCUUGGAUCAAUCUCGCAGCUCCAUUGCUAGCCUUGGUAGUUCGGUGCUUGGUUUGCAGCUCGAAUUAGCGAAUGUCUCACAUGACUCAGUGAGUACUAAUUCGAGUUUAGAUUCAUCAGACCGGAAAUGCAAUGAUGAGACUACGUCGAGGCCGCCUAAGGUUGCUGCAGAUUCCCAUAGUCAAAUGCAUCAGCAUCACUCUUCCAAGACUUCAAGUAAUGGUAUUCAUGCAGCAUGUCUUUAUGAACUUGAUCAACGUUCUUGGAAAUCUCAAUGCAAUGCAGUUAAAAAUGUCAAAGGACUACUAGAAGACAAUGAUAAGGCCCAACAUUUGACCUUUUCAAAUAGUCAUGUUAUUCCUGUGAUUAACUUUUUGAAGGAUGCAAAUGAAAUAUGUGAUAUAACAAUGCAAAAAGAUGGAGCUGAGGUUCUUUUGGCCAUUUUGAGCGGAAGCAGAAUCGAAUUACCUCCCUGUCAUGAAGAUGUUAUCUAUCUGUUGGCGUCAUUGCUGGAUUCUGAAACAACUGGAGAGUCCCUUGCCAUACUGGAAAUCUUAUCCCGGCAAAGCUACUAUAAGUCGAUAAUCGUGGCGUCCGGAGUUUUGCCGUCCAUCCUGAAACUUCUUGACACUACAGUAAAGGAAUUUAACUUGCUUGCUCUGAAGAUCCUAGGGAAUUUGUCGAAUGGCAGCGAUGUUGGUUACCAUGUUACAUAUUUGGGUUAUGUUCCGAAGUUGGUAUCUUUUCUUCAGGAUCCAAAUGUUGCAGGGUACUGCAUUGAGAUCGUAAACAACAUACGCAACAUCGGGGAGGCUAGAAUAGAAGCCGUUGAAGCCGGUUUAUUUUCUUCGACCGCCAUGAUCUUGGAAUCCGGUAGUAACGAAGAGCAAGAGCUUGCUGUUGAAUUGCUCCUGUUUCUAUGUUACGAGAACACAGGGUAUUGUCAAAUGUUAAUGACAGAAAACAUAAUUCAACCUUUGGUUAACAUAUCUGUCAAUGGAAGUUCUAAAGGAUCCGAGGACGCAUCGAUACUGCUCGAUCUCUUCGAUUUCGUGAUAAAAAACGAUGCUUCUCAGUGUUCAGUCAUUGUCAGCAGUUUGAGCGAAGGAAACUCGAAUGUCUCCUCCAGCUCCAGCAACAGCUCCGGACUCAGAAGAUCAUCCUAUAAGGCAUUGAGGUAUCUAAGAAAGAAAUUAUCAAGGUUUAUAUUAAAUGUGCUACAUUGACUUUCCUUUUGGAUCUUGU